AGUCCAAAUAAAGAAGUGCAACGGAGCUGCAGUAACGUGUAUGUCCACAAGAGGGCAGCAAGUGGCGGAAAGACGGAGGAGUAAGAUGCUUCUAGUCCGGCAGACACUCGGGGCUUUACAACGCGCUGUCCGCUUCUUCUUUGCACCAGUGCUGAAGUAAAGGAUUCUGCUGCUCUUCACAAUGUCUUCAACUCCAGCACGGAUUAUUUUAGCCAUUUGCAUUUCGCUCAAUUCUUUCCUGUCGUCAGAAACAGCUGAACGCCCACUGAAGCCAAGGAAUGUGAAGCUAGCACCUAUUGCAACUGGUUUGAGAGUCACGUGGGAUGUCGCAAUUGAAUCAGAACAAAGGCGUCCAGAUCAUUACAACAUCGGCUAUGGGAAAACUAUGAACAGCCUCCGCUUUGUUAAAGUUGACAGUAGACAUCGGUCUUACACAAUCGAUGAUGUUGAGCCAGGAGAGCUGUACUUCAUGCAGAUAAUAGCAGAGAAUCGCAAUGGAAGGAGCCAUCCUGUGUUUAGAGCUGCAACUGCAGGAGGUGGUGAAUGGGUCAACCUCGAUGGCUUUGCGAUUGUAAGCCCGGCAGCAGUGGAUGGAUCUGUUACAGAAAAAAGGCUGCCACAAAGGCAAAUUAGAACAAGAUCACAUGCGUCAGAAGACAGACCCUCACCACCAGCAAAACCAGUACACGCCUCAGCCCAAAGGCAGGCGGCCCGGGUGAUGACAUCACAUCAGGCCAACGGGGACGGCAGCAGGAACGUGCGCGUCGUAUCUCUACAGAAUGACGAGAGAAUCCAUGAAAAGGUGAAUCACGCUUCUGAGUCCGUGUAUGUGGUAUCACUGCAGGCACAGAAAUCUCCCGGACAGAGUCCUUUAGCUAAAAGGACAGUUGUGAACAAAGUCAAAGCCCCAGAGCCUGAUGAUUUGUAUGAGCCCAAGGAUAUUGUCGUGAGGGUCAUGUCUGCUCAGUCAGUCCUUGUUACUUGGGUUGAUCCAGCCUACGAGAAACAAAAGAACGUGGGUGCAAACAGGCACUACACCGUACGGUACCGUGAAAAAGGAGAGUCUGCAAGAUGGGAUUAUAAAGAAACAUCUCAGAGACGUCUGAUUGUGGACAGGCUGUCACCAGAUAACAUGUACGAGUUCUCUAUUCGAGCUUCGCAGGGAAGCAGAGAUGGCAAAUGGAGCGUUUCUGUGUUCCAAAGGACUCCUGAAUCUGCUCCUACUGGUCCACCAGAAAACUUCCAUGUUGAACCUCUGAAGGGAAAGGGAACUGUUGUCACUGCUUCCUGGGAUGAACCCGCUGAAACAAGUGGAAAAAUUAAAGAGUAUAUUCUGUCAUACGCACCAGCACUCAAACCUUUUGGAACGAAAUCCAUCAGCUACCCUGGCGAUACGACAUCUGCAAUCGUGGACGGCCUGCAGGCUGGAGAACGUUACAUCUUCAAGAUCCGUGCCGCCAACAGGAGGGGUCAAGGCCCCCAGACCAAAGCCUUAACAGUCGUGAUGCCAUCAACUAGUACUUCUCAGCGAUCUAAAGUAUCCCAGACAGACGAAGGCACUAAAGCAGAAGUGCUGACACCGACUGACGCCAAUCCAGAAGACGUCACCUCACCUCAUUCUGAAACGCAAAAUCAUAUCUCGGCUGGAUCUCUGAAAGACCCGUCCGCAUCGAAGCAGGAGACUCAGCUCACUGAAGAGGCACCGAACAAUACCACCAAGAAGGCGCGUCCUCUGUCGGACACAAGAUCCUACCACAGUAUAUUAACAUCGGUAAGGUCCAAGGUUAGAGUCAAUCCAAAAACCAACACGGUGACUCCAUCUACUCUGCAGGAGGAUAAAGAGUCCAAGGAACUGAAACAAAGCAGCCAGCAAAGAACCACUUCCCAAAUUCCAGAGGAGGAAGACGAGAAUACCGAUAAAGAAUCGGAAAAAAGCUACGGAAACGAGGAGAAAGAAGAACUGAAACAAAACAGUGCAAUCCCUGUGGAGACCAAAGAAGCAGAAAGUAACAACGUGUCCAACAAUCAAAAGUCCAGUCCGGCCAGUGGCGAUCAAACAGUUGGAUCUUUCCCUCGUAAAAUCUUGCCAAGCCAAUCGAGAUCAUCGGGAAAUAGUCGAACAAAGUCAAACCCGUACACGUAUGAAGCACUAAUAGAUAAGCUCAGAAAAAAAGCAUCAUCUUUGAACAGGAAAGGAAGCGAUCCCGUGUCAACAUCACAGACGCCUUCUUCAGAAUUACCUUCUGGGAAUUCACCAUCCUUGAAGAAUGAAUAUCCAGAAAAUGGGUAUCCCUCCAAGAAAGAGUCGUUGGAACCUGAGACCUCAGAACCUGUAAGCUCUAUAAAUCGGGAUGGCGGUUCUCAUAAGCAGAGAGAAGGAAGGGUUCAAUCUAAAGCCAACUCGUUAUCUCCCACAUCUUCUUCUGCACCUAAUGAUGAUGAUGAUGAUGAUGCCCGUCGGGCGUCUUCUGUCCAUCAGCAGCCCACCCCUACCGUGGCAAAGCCGUCUCAUGGAAGUUCACGCCCCUCGCUCUCCAUUCAAAGGUUACCAAAACCGGAGCUCAAAGAUUAUGACUAUGAGAGCGGUGAAGAUAAAACGGCGUUAGACCCUCCUGCCCGACAAACUCCAGUUUCCAACAAACCCAAGGAAGAUGUCAAACCUCUCGCUCCAAAUCGACACAGCAAUAAAGAAACUCCUGCCAGGAAGACCUCUUCUUUAAGCAAUUUUCACGUGCCAUCAUUUAUUAAGCCAAAGAAUGGAGCCGUGGUGCCUAGAAGAGUAUCGCCCAAGCAGAUCUCAAUACCGCAUACGUCUUCAGCUCGUGAUACCCCUUCAUCGUCGGGAUCGGCUACAUCUCAAUUACUCCCGCCAAAAGAAACAGAACUCGACCCAGACUCGCUGAUAAGUCAAGAAAUCGAAGAAACAGACGAUCUUCUUAUACCUUCAAGAGAGGCACAAGUGGUACCAGAGCCUUCUUUACCCAAACAUGCUGCAGUUCCAGAGAAAUCCCGCACACCUACAGAUUCCUCACAUUCCCGUUCUUCCCAAGUCGGAACACCCAUACAUAGACACAGCUUUUCAAAACCUGUUUUGGAGAGUGAGGACUAUGAUUUUGAGAAUAGCAGAAGCAAAAAUAAUGGCAAUAACCCAAAUUCAGGCCCAGGGUUAUUGAAACCAGAAGCAACCACCAUCCCACCGUUACCCAAGCAGGAUCAAACUGGCUUUGAAAGCCCCGAUAAGAAGGAAAAGGAUAGCCACCAGAGUAAAUCCGGGACCCCUUCUGUUAAUUCACCAUCUCAACCGAUUUCUUCCGGCAAUGGUAGAUCCCCAAUGAUUCCAAGUCGCCGGCCCGCAAAACUAUUUCCUUUUCAGCAAAACAGAUUGGGUUCCUCGUCUGCCAUUAAUUCUUCCAGUUCGGCAACUUUAAAUCAAAGGAAUCCAAUGUCUUUACCUCGAUCAUCUGCUCGGAAUCCUUUUGGAUCCUCCGGAAUGCUGAAAGAGACACCUUCGUCUUCCUUUCCCAACGGAAAUUCAUUCCGACAACCGAUUCAAGGGGCAAGAAAUCAGUACCCCGGGAGGGCCGACACUGCUGCGCAGGACAAAAGAACCGAAUCAUCUGGGAAGCCCGCGUAUGAACAAGGUAAAAAUGGCAGACCGAAUCUAACAAAUUCAAAUGGAAAGGUUUCUUCAACAUCAGAUGACAAAGCCAAACCUUCGGGUCGAAGAUUAAUUAAUGGGCCCGAUGGAUCAAAAUGGAUAGUAGAUUUAGACCAUGGAGUUUUAAUGAACCACGAGGGCAGAGCUCUUCAAGACUCACAAGGCAGACCCCUGAGAGUGCAACUUGGGGGAGACGGACGCACAAUUAUUGAUCAUGAAGGAACUCCUUUGAUCAGCUCUGAUGGACUCCCAUUAUUUGGACACGGACGAGAUAGCCGACCUGUGGUGAGUCCCAAGGGGAAGCCUGUGCUUGCAGUAGGAGGCAAGCCGUUGAGAGACAUCGAUCGCAUUUGGCCAAAGUGGACCACGACAACAGCGCAACCAACCACAUCUACAACCACCAGCACCACAACUACCACGACUACAACAACUACUACACCAGAGCCAACCACGGUGCCCACUACAGUGGAAAUAACCACAGAGGAUACCACCACUGAGCCCACAAUACCGCCUUGCCCCACCGGCACGUAUCCCAGACUAGAUGAAGACGGAUUUGCUAUCGUAACUUGGGAUAACACAUUUGAUUGCCUCCCAGAAGAAUCCGAGAUCACGGAGACAACAAUUCUUCCAACGACAAUUCUUCCAACAACGGUGCCUCCGACGACGGAAUAUGUUGAAAUACACGCAGAAACAAAGCCAUUCAAUGGCACGCCAUUCUCAGAAUAUGAUGUCGCUGGAAACAAGCGCUUUACAGCUCCUUACGUGAAUUACAUCCGUAAAGACCCUGGUGCUCCUUGCUCCUUAACGGAAGCCCUAGAAUAUCUUGAAGUGGACAUCCUGGAAGACCUGUUCUCAAAAGAAGCUGCAACAGGGCCACCUCAGAAUAAGCCUCACAACAUUACGGUGGUGGCGAUGGAGGGCUGUCACUCCUUUGUAAUCCUGGACUGGGCACGGCCACUUAAAGGAGACAUGGUUUCAGGAUAUAUGGUGCACUCUGCAUCAUACGAUGACGUCCUAAAUAACAGGUGGUCCUCAAGUUCUUCAUCUGGCACUCAUUUGGCUGUAGAGAAUCUGAAACCAAACGCCAGGUAUUACUUCAAGGUCCAAGCUAAGAACAUAUUUGGCCUGGGACCCAUCAGUGACACGUUCACAUAUGUAACUGAAUCAGAUGAUCCACUUCUGAUAGCGCGACCUCCAGGAGGAGAGCCCAUCUGGAUUCCAUUCAGUUUUAAGUACAACCCCAGUUCAAGCAGUUGCAAAGGGAGUCAGUUUGUCAAGAGGACUUGGUACAGGAAGUUUGUUGGGGUGGUACUCUGCAAUUCAUUACGGUAUAAAAUGUUCAUGGGUGAAGGUUUAAGAGAUAUGUUCUAUAACAUUGGAGAUUCCUUUGGGAGAGGAGAGGAUCACUGUCAAUUUGUAGACUCACACUUGGAAGGACGGACAGGCCCCCAAACGACACUAAGUUCUCUGCCCACCAUCGAAGGCUACCAUAGAGCUUUUCGUCAGGAACCAGUAACCUUUGGACUACUUGGUGACAGAACACCAAACUUCUAUGUUGGCUGGUAUGAAUGUGGAAUUCCAAUCCCAGGGAAAUGGUAAUGGUGACAAACGCAACUCACAAAGUAGCUUCUGAGAAAAUUUAUCCCAAACUGGGACCGGAAUGGAAACUAGAAAUAAAAAUGACGAGUGGACCCUUAUUUAAAAAAAAAAACAAAAACAGAAAAAAACACCUUUUUGUAAAAAGGAGAACGCAAAUCCUUGCUGUGCAAAAGUAACUUAUAUUUCUGCAUUUUAUUAAAAUUAUUAUGUUGCUUAUUA